CGCAAGCAUUGGAAGCUCCGGGCGGGUCCCCCACUGUGAACCCUGCCCGGCAGUGCGGCGCCAGCUGUCGCCCGUCCCCAGAUAUAGGCGGGUGGCUGAGGUGUCGUCACCUGUUCCAGCGGCUGGCAGCUGUCCUCCACCUAGGUAGUCAGUUCUGCAGUUCCAUCCGAGACACCAACCCAAUCCGCAUCACUUCUCAAACUUCCUAUCACGACGGCACGCAGUCGCGUCGCGCACGUCCACCUACGCUGCACCGACCGCACGAACCAGGGCAAACGGACGAAGCCCGCGUGCGCAUCUCUCUCGCCGCUCGCGCGCCCUGCCGUUCUCCCUCACCAUGCCGCCAUGACGUCCGCGCCCCUCCACCUCACCAUCCGCUUCUCAACCUCCAUCCCGGACCUCGAUCUCGACAUUCCCACACCGCAUCUCACCACCGUUCUCUCGCUCAAGCAUCUCCUCCGUACGCGCCUGUCUACCCCGAACCGGCUGCGCCUCAUCCACCAGGGCCGCAUCCUGCCCGACACCUCCGCCCUCUCCGCCGUCCUCAAGCCGCUCCCGCCGCCGCCGCCGCCACUAGCCUCCUCAGCGUCCGCAAAACGAAGCGCCCACGAUGAUGGUCAUGGCUCCGCUGGCAAGGACAAGGGCAAAGCCGUCGAGGGCGCCGCCCCGCCUCCGCUGCGCAUCUACGUAAACUGUUCCAUCGGCGAUGAGCUCUCCGACGCGGACCUCGCCGCCGAGGCCGCGGCCGCGCACAACCCGCCUUCGGACCCGUCCACCGGUGAUGGCUCCAAGACGCAAGGCGGCAUGCCCUCGUCCAACGGCGCCGCCACCGCGUCUGGUACCGACGCCGGCGCCGGGUCAUCCUCGUGGCGCACACGCCCGCGUCCACGCGGCUUCGACCGUCUCUUGCAGGCGGGCUUCACGUCGUCGGAGAUAUCCACGCUGCGUACGCAGUUUGCGUCCAUAAAUUCAGAACGCUUCGCCCCGGACGCCAUGCCCUCGCCCGACACUCUUCGCGGGCUCGAGGACGCGUGGAUCGACUCCAACGCCGGCGAGGUUCCGUCGCUGGGCGCAGGAGCCGCUGGUGGCGCCACCAUCGAGGACGAGCUGAGCAGCAUGUCGAGCGUGCUGGACAUCUUGAUCCGAGGCAUGAUGAUUGGCUUCUUCUUCCCGCUCGGGAGCCUGACGUGGCUCCUGAGGCAGGGAGUCUGGAGCGACAAGUGGCAAAUCUUUGUCGGAUCAGGCGUCGUCCUCAGCCUGACGGUAGGCAUCGUCAUGGGCAUUUCCGGCGAGCGGUGAUGACCGAUGAACAGUGGAACCUACCGUGUAUGCUGCGCCAUCUACAACUUGCAGCGAAAUUUGGUCUGGGCAAGGGCGUUUGGAAUGGGGCGGGGACACUUUUGGAAUUGCAGUAGCACAUAUAAGGCGCGGCAAGGGGAGACCGAGGAUAGCGGUCCGCUGAAGACAGCAUCAAGAGUCCCGUGGCCCUAGAAAGAACCGCGGGUAAGGCGCCGAAAGAUAUGAGAGUUGGGAGGGCGGCCUGUUCAGUCACCAUGAUCUAUGCAAUAAUGAACCUCUGGGCGUCAAAUUCACGGACGCUCUUCUUCUUCCCCCC